AUGAACCCCAAGAACACGGCUGUGCCCGUGGGUACCACUGUCCCCACAGGACAGAUGGGGAGACAGAGGCACGCAGGAGGUGGCGGCCUGCCGGCAAGAAGCUCAGGCCAGAGUCCGGCUCCACGAGGCGCCCCGCACGUGCAGAGCCUGUCAGAACCUCCGGAGACCCCAGGGGCGGGCCGAGCGGAUCCUCCCCCUUCAUGGGUGAAGCCGCGUGUGCGCAGUGAAGAUGCCGACGGCGACUCCUCAGUCCUCAUCCAGCUCCUCCUCCCCGGGAGUGGGUCCCGGGGGCACUCCUGCUCAGAGGGGGCCCCGGGGUCAGGGGACAUUUCCAACGCACGAGGCGGGGAGACUGAAGCAAAGGGCUGUCUGAGGAACCGCUGCACACGACUCGGGCAGGAAGACGCGAGGCUGGCCGAGGGGCUGGAGUCCCGGGAGGCGCCUCAGAGGAGAGGUGACAGCCGGACUCGGUCUCAGAGGACGGCUGGGGACAGCAGGGGAGGCGGACUUGGGAGAGACGGGUGGGGGGGCAGCUGCCGUGACUGGGUGACGGCGACGCUGGAAACUCCGGGUCGCCGCGUGUCCGAGUCAGGACUGCUGGACGUGAGGGGUGCCCCUCCUGGGUGCAGUGGGUCUGCGUGUUGCCCUGCUGUGGCCGUGUGGACGGUCCUAGGCAGGGCUCAAGUCCACCUCGGGCUGGAGCCGCCAGGGAGCAAGCUUCAGUUUUUGAGUUUUGAGGAUCGAGGGUCUGUAGCCCACCUCCCCUUUGCCUUGACUCUGGGGUCCUACGUGGCCCGCGGACCGGAGGGGCCCUCGGCUGAGAGCCGGAAGGCCGGCCCGGGCCUCAUCCCAGCACCAAUCCAGCAGAGUCUAUACGGGUUCAGUGUGAGCCAGGUGCCGCGCUGGACCUCCAGCGUCCAGUCAGGGGAGAGCGCGCAGGGCCAGCCUCUCUGA